AUGGCAGAGUAUCUACUCCCUCAAGGUGCUGGCUAUGGUGUUGUCAUCGGCAUGGGUCUGUUCUUCUCCGCGUUCAUGAUCCUCUUGACUGCCAUCCAAGCACGAUACACCGGUUUCUCUCCCAAAGACUCCGAAGAGUUUACAAGUGCUUCUCGUAGCAUCAAGCCAGGUCUAAUUGCGUCUGGUAUUGUGUCCGCUUGGACGUGGGCAGCAACCCUUCUUCAAAGUAGCGCCGUGGCCUACAAGUAUGGCCUCUCUGGACCGUGGUGGUAUGGAGCUGGAGCAACCGUUCAAAUACUUUUGUUUGCCAUGUUGGCUGCGAAGCUCAAGUUGAACGCACCAUACGCACAUACGUGGCUCGAAAUUGUCGGAGCUCGUUGGGGCCGAACCGCCCAUUUGGUUUUCAUGUUCUUUGGUCUCGCAACAUGCCUUAUCGUUAGCUCCAUGCUUAUCCUUGGCGGGUCAGCCACUGUGACUGACUUGACGGGAAUGCAUACAAUCGCUGCAUGUUUCCUGAUUCCACUGGGAGUUGCCAUUUACGUGGUUGUUGGUGGGAUGCGGUCCACUUUGCUUUGUGACUACACCCACACUGCCGUGCUAUUUGCUAUCAUCCUCACCUUCAUCUUCACGGUCUAUGCCACGAGCGAAAAGAUCGGCAGUCCCGCGAAAAUGCACGAGUUGUUGACCCUUUCCUCUCUCAUAAAUCCAGUUGAAGGGAACAAGGAAGGGUCGUACAUUACCAUGAGAUCCGAGAAUGGCCUUGUUUUUGGGAUCAUCAACAUUGUCGGCAACUUUGCCACUGUUUUCCAAGAUCAAGCAUACUGGCAGCGUGCUAUUGCGAGUCGACCCGCUACCACCGUCAAGGCAUAUCUCCUUGGUGGUCUGGCUUGGUUCUCGAUCCCUUUCACGUUCGCUACCACCCUUGGACUCGCCGCUGUCGCUCUUCGAGGAGAUCCCCAAAUGAAGGUCCUCACUCCAGCCGACGUAUCUGCAGGUCUGCCCGCCUCCGCUGCCGCCGCGGCCCUUCUUGGCAAGGCUGGUGCUGCCGCUAUUCUCAUUCUCCUCUUCCUGGCUGUCACCUCGGCUUGCUCUGCUGAGCUCAUCGCCGUUUCCUCCUUGCUCACCUAUGAUGUUUACAAGGCCUACAUCAACCCCAAUGCAAGUGAGGAGCAAAUUCUAAGGGUUGGCCACGCUGGAGUCGCCCUCUACGCCAUCGUCUGUGGGAUUGCUGGCACCAUCUUCUAUUACAUCGGUGUUUCCAUGGGCUGGCUCUACACUUUCAUGGGAGUCCUCCUCGGAUCUGCAGUCGUUCCUAUUGCCCUCGCUAUCACUUGGCAUAAAGCUAAUAAGUGGGGCUGUAUCGGUGGUGCAGUUUUGGGCUUUAUUGGCGGCAUGGUCGCCUGGUUGGUGACAACUGCCAAACUUAACCAUGGCGUUAUCACCGUUGUGACAAGCGGCGGAGACUACGAGAUGCUCGCUGGAAAUGUUACAUCAAUUGGUUUUGGCGGUAUCAUUGCAGUCGUUUCGUCUUUGAUUUGGCCCGACAACUUCGAUUGGGAGACGACCCGCUCCAUCAACCGGCCUGCUCCUCCAUCCCCCGAUGCCGCUGAGCAAGAUUCCAAGUCUGACCUCGAGAACGAGAAGAAGAAUGCCUCUGAAGUUGUUACAAAGCCCGCCUCUAUCGCCGACUCUUUCGAUGCCAACGAGGAGGCAAACGAACUCGACCCCGUGGCACUCCGCAAAGCCUUCCGAUUUGCCAGCUGGGCGUCUAUUUCACUCUUCGUCGUGCUCAUCCUCCUCAUCCCGCUGCCCCUCUUCUUCUCCCAACACAUCUACACUGUUGCUGGGUUUACCGGUUGGGUUGCAGUUGGCAUUUCGUGGACCUUUUUUUCCAUCUUUGCAGUCGUCAUUUACCCUCUCUGGGAGUCCCGGGUUGCGAUGUACCAAAUUUCGAAAGGUGUCAUCAAAGAUAUCUUCAUGAAGGGCGGUGGAAGAUAUCAAGCCGAACCUCCUAAAACAUCUGCUGCCUGA